UUGUGAGUAAAGUAAUUUAUUCAUCGAGACACCAGCCAUCCAUCUAGUGUCCAGGUGCUGUUUUAGCCUGUUCGAGUAUAAAGCUUUACACCAGACUGUUUAUGUAGCCUACCUUCAAAAUCGUGUUUCAAGCGUGCCUUAUCUGUUCGGAAACUUAACAUAAUCUGGGAACACAAGGAAGUUGAAUCUUUGUGUGCUCUCCAUCCAUCCAUCCAUCCCUCUGUGAGACUGUGAUCUGUCAGACUUCCUGAGUUCUUCACUGGAACCUCUGGAAUAUCGCAAAGAGUAUGGCCACUGAAGUAGAAUUACCUCCCCAACUUCUCAAAGACGCCAUGCGUGCCCUCAACCUGACCGGUCAUGUGGGGUUUGAUAGCCUCCCUGACCAGUUAGUGAAUAAGUCGGUAGCCCAAGGAUUCUGUUUCAACAUACUGUGUGUCGGUGAGACUGGCAUUGGCAAGUCAACCAUGAUGGACACACUAUUCAACACAAACUUCGACUCCACCCCGAGUUCUCAUGAUCUGCCAGGAGUGAAGCUCAAGGCCCACACUUACGAUCUGAAUGAGAGUAAUGUUCGCUUGAAAUUAACUAUAGUAGACAGCACUGGUUUUGGUGAUCAGAUCAAUAAGGACCAUAGCUGGAAGCCCAUAGUAGACUACAUCGAUGCUCAGUUUGACGCAUAUCUUCAUGAGGAGCUGAAGAUCAAACGCAUGUUGCACACCUACCACGAUACGCGUGUUCAUGCCUGUCUUUACUUCAUUGCACCCACCGGCCAUUCCUUGAAGGCCUUGGAUCUGGUCACUAUGAAGAAACUGGACACCAAAGUGAACAUCAUCCCGGUCAUUGCUAAAGCAGACACAAUCACCAAGACAGAGCUCACUAAAUUCAAGACCAAGCUGAUGUCUGAACUUGUAUCAAAUGGAGUCCAUAUCUACCAGUUUCCUACUGAUGAUGAAACAGUGGCAGACACAAAUUCUUCAAUGAACCAACAUCUACCUUUUGCUGUGGUCGGUAGCAAUGAUGAGGUCAAGAUUGGGAACAAAAUGGUGAAGGCCAGACAGUACCCAUGGGGAACAGUGCAAGUUGAAAACGAAAACCACUGUGACUUUGUCAAGUUGAGAGAAAUGUUGAUCCGUACAAACAUGGAGGACUUGAGGGAGGUCACCCAUUCAAAACACUUUGAGCUGUACCGCCAUCACAAGCUAGAGGAGAUGGGAUUCUCAGACUCAGAGUCCAGAAGCCUUUCAGAGACAUAUGAACAGAAACGUCAGGAGCAUAUCACAACCCUGCAGAAGAAGGAGGAUGAGAUGAGACAGAUGUUUGUCAUCAGGGUGAAAGAAAAGGAGGCUGAGCUCAAGGAAGCAGAGAAAGAGCUCCACAAUAGGUUUGAUGCGCUGAAGAAGCAGCACACAGAGGAGAAACGCAAGCUGGAAGAGAGCCGCAAGCGUCUGGAGGACGAGAUGAACCUGUUCAGCCAGACAAAAGCCCAAGUACAAGCUCACACCUCCACCAUGGGCAAGAAGAAGAAAUAAUUGUUCUAGUCCUGCUGUAGUUAGGGGGAAAUGAUAAUGAUAUUUUAGAUUGUUCAAUUUGUCGUUCAAGUGUGAAGAUUGCAUUGGAGCUAAAGGAGCUGCAACUAAGUUCUUGCCUUACUUUUGUUUCGGUCUGUGCGGUAGUGCAAUUUUCUGUGUCAUUGCGAGCUAAAGCUGAAAGUACUCGUAUCUCGUGUAGUAAGACUAUGCAAGAAAAGGGGGAAACUUUUCAGUUAUUGUGCUUAUUUUUUGCUCCCUGUAUUGCUCUGUGAAAAUCCUGUGUUCAAUUUCAGUUUUAACAAAUGUUUUCAGUUCGCCUGAUUUUAGUUUUAAGUCUAGUUGUAGUAAGUUUGUAAAGAUAAUUGAUCUAAGGAUACUCAAUGAACCUUGCAUUUAAUAGGGAUUAUAGCUUUGUACUGUACAUUGUAUACUAUUUCAUUUGUGAUUUGAAAGUAACACACCAGUGUAAAAACCUCUUAAAUUUGUAUUGAAAAGAUGCGAAUGAAUCUAGCUUUUUGGCUUCCAGAGAUCAGGCUGAUAGCUAUUUUGUAUGUGUUGCAAUUAAUUGCUAUAAAAUAGUAUUGGAAUGUGAAACUAACAGCCUUCAUUCUAUUUCAUAAUGGGUUGACAAUCAUUUACAACAUAAUCUCAUAACUUUUUAACCUGAAAAACUAGAGGCUGUUUCUAUGUGUGUUAAAGCGUAGAAGUUUCUCUCAGAAUGUUUUAUGUUUUUUCCACUUUCCAAAACAAUGCUGCUUAGGGAGUGUCAUUUAAAACAGUAAGGGGAGGGGGUGGGUGGGUUGGUUUUGUUUUUCUGUAUGAAAGAAGUAUCGCGCUUCCUCCUUGGAAAUGUCAAUGUUUGACAGAAUUUUUUUCUUACUGUAGAGUGUGAAGGAAUGCUUUUAGUUUGGUACAUCAAUUGCAUUCAUUUUCAUUAAUUUAUUUUUCAACUAGUAUUUUAAGAUUCUUUCAUCAACUGUGUAGUGUACAUGAAAAUGAAAAAAAAUUGAAUUUUUUAUUAUGUUUCCAGAGAUUUGAAGUUUGAUAAAUACAUGAAUUAGACUAAGAAAGAAUUAAUUUUUUUCAAUGCAGUUGCGAUUUGUCAGUAAUUAUCAGUCAUCUUUUUUCAUUUUAUAUUGUCACUUUCUAGUCUAUACCAAAAAAA